ACUUGUAUUUCAGAUUCCUAUGCAACAAAAUCACAAUUCGAGUGAUUUAGAUGAACCGCUCCGGAUUCUUUUGGUUGGAAUGACAGGAGCAGGAAGAAGUGCAACAGGAAACACCAUCCUGGGAAAACAAGUGUUUAAUUCAGAGAUAUCCUCCUCCUCUGUGACUAAACGAUGUGAAAAAAAUAAUGCAACGGUAAAUGGAAGAAAUGUAUUAGUUAUUGACUCUCCGGGUCUGUUUGAUACCAGUCUAACUAAAGAUGAGGUGCUCGACAGAAUUAAACGCUGUAUCCUACUCUCUGCUCCCGGUCCACAUGUCUUCUUAGUUGUGAUUCAGCUCGGCAGAUUCACUGAUGAAGAAGCAGAAACUGUUAGAAUUAUUCAAAACAUUUUUGGUGAGGAAUCCUCCACAUACACCAUGGCACUGUUCACUCAUGGAGAUCGACUGGAGGGCAAAAACAUUCACACAUUUGUGCGUAACAGCCCCAAACUGCUGAGUUUCAUCAAAAGUUGCAGUGGAAGAUUCCAUGUGUUUAACAAUAAAGAACAAAACCCUGAACAGGUCAAUCAGUUGUUUGAACAGAUUGACAGAGUAGUCACUGGGAAUGGUGGGCAACACUACACAAAUGAGAUGCUUGAGAGAGAGAAAGUGAUAGAGGCAGAAAAAAACAAUAUCCUGAAAGAGAAAGAGGAGCAGAGACAGAAGGACACAGAGGCUCUGAGGUUUACAACUGAAGGCGAAGCUUUUGAAAAAGCAAAAGAAAAUCUAGACAGUGAAUAUGAACAGCAGGCACGAUGGCAAGCUGAGAAAAAUGUUCCUAUGCAAAAUGGUGGGUUUUCUUUUCUUAAUGGUGUAAUAACUUUUUUCUCAAAAGAAAGGUAAAUCUUGAAAAGAGAAAGGAAAACAGGUAGAAUCACAUGCACUAAACUCCCUGCUAAACUACAAUUUCAAUACAUCAUAUAUGCAUAACUUAGCAACAAAGAUUUAAUGGAGAUGUAGAAACUUGGCAAAAAU